AUGUAUGCUCAAUUUUUGUACGUUUAUGGAAGAAUGAAAAAGAAAGAAGAUUUAUCAGGAUUGAGUCAACGGAAAACAGAAAAAGCAAUAUUUGAAAGAAAACAAAUCAUUGCUCUUCAAGAUGAAGAAAUAGCUAGACUCAAAGAUGAGCAUUUUAUGCUACUUCGACAAAUUCAAACAACAGAAAAUCAUUUUGUUAAAGUGAAUAAACUAUAUAAUGAACGUACUACAAAAUUACGUGAUAAUAUUCAAUCAAUUUCAGCAAAAAGAAUACAUUCAAGAAUUCAAUUAUACAAAUCACAUACAGAUCAAAUUACAAAACUUAGGACAGAACAUCAGGCAGCAUUGAAAAAUAUCCAAAUAGAAUAUGAUCAAAAAAUGAAGGAAGAAAAAGAAAAACCAAUUACAUUGAAAGCAGACGGCAGGCAAACUUCUGUAGAAGUUAUUGCUGAGUCUAUAAAUAGGAUUAAUACGCUCACACAGCAGGCCUUACAAGAAAAAGAAGCUAAUAAAAACGAAAUUAUCGAAAAAAGAUUAACCGAAUACAAGACUCAUAUUGAGAAUUAUAGGCAAAAAGAGCUAGAUUUGAGACAGCAAAUACAAAAUGCUCAAUUUGAACUCGAAGAAGCAAGAAAGCGAAAUGAAAUCAGAAUUGAAGAAGCCAAAGAGCUAGCUCAAAAGCGUGCGUUAAGGAAUGAGCAAACAGCUGCAAAAACAGAUGAUUUAAUGAUCAUGCAACGUGCCAAUAAUGUUUCUAGACUUAAUGAAAUCAGAGUUAAUGAAAUCCAAAGUCUUGAAAACUUGAAAGCUGAUUUAAACGAAGCAAAGAAGAAAGUUUUCGAAUUAAAGACAAAAAUCACAGAUGCAAAUGUCAGUGAAAUCCGUGAGAGCAAAAAGGCACAAGAAUCUGUUGAUAAACUCGUAAUUCAAUUAGAUUCAUUAAAUAAUCAAGAUAUAGCAACUCAUAUUCAACAAUACGCAGAGAAAGAAAAGGAAGAAAAAAGAAAGAUGCAUAAAAUAAAGAAGAGUCUUGAAUCAUUAGUAAAUCAAAGAGAUUUGCUCAUUAAAGAUAAUUCAAGAUUGAGAGAUGAAAUCAGGCGAAUUGACUUUAUGCUUUACGGAAGAAAUGGUAUUCAUCAAAUUCAAAAAUCUUCCAGGAAACGUCCAUUUGUUCCAGUUGCAGCUCAUUAA